AUGUCUGACGUUGCCUACCUCAAGUCCGCCCUCGGCGUCCACGCCAACUUCCCUCAGGAGGGCAUCACCUUCCUCGACAUCUUCCCCCUCCUCCGUGACCCGCUCGCUUUCGAGACCCUCAUCACCCACCUCAUCUCGCACAUCACCACCGUCCACGCCGGUGUCAAGCCCGACGUCAUUGUCGGCCUCGACGCCCGUGGCUUCCUCUUCGGCCCCAUCAUCGCCAUGCGCCUCGGUGCCGCCUUCGUCCCCGUCCGCAAGGCCGGCAAGCUCCCCGGCGCGUGCAACGUCGUCGAGUACAAGAAGGAGUACGGUGUCGACCGCUUCGAGAUGCAGAAGGACGCCAUCAAGCCCGGCCAGACCGUCAUUGUUGUUGACGACCUCAUCGCCACUGGUGGUUCGGCUGCCGGUGCCGGCGAGCUUAUCCAGCAGGCCGGCGGCAAGACCCUCGAGUACCUCUUCGUCGUCGGUCUCCCCUUCCUCAACGGCGACAAGAAGCUCGACGCUCCCUCGUACUGGAUCGUCGAGGCUGAGGACUAA